CGUGGUGGCUGGACGCCGCUGCGAUGGAUCUGAAGGACCGCUGCGAGAGCGAGGCCAUGCGUGAGAGAGGCGCCAGCGUGGUGGCCCUGGGCUCGCUGCACGGCGGCCCGCUGGGCAUCCCCGCGUCCCCCCUGCCCUCCGGCUCGUCCUCCGCAGCCACCGGCGGCGCCGCCUCGUCCUGGUCGGCGUUCGCCCAGCGCAGCACGCUCCACGGCCUGCGCCACGUCUUCCCCUUCGGGCACCACCACCACCGCCGCGGCGGGCGCUUCUCGGCCCCGCGCCGCCUGCUCUGGAGCGCCGCCCUGCUGGCGGGCCUGCUGUUGCUGGCCCUGGAGAGCGCCGAGCGGCUGGCCUACUUCCUGUCCUACCCGCACGUGACCUCGGUGGACGCGGUGGUGUCGGGCAGCCUCACCUUCCCCGCCGUCACCGUCUGCAACCUCAACGCCUACCGCUUCAGCCGGCUGACGCGCAACGACCUCUACCACGCCGGCGAGCUGCUGGAGCUGCUGGACGUGCACCUGCAGAUCCCCGAGCCGCACCUGGCCGAGCCGCACGUGCUGGCCUUCCUGGCCGAGCGCGCCAACUUCUCGGGCGCCUACCGGCCCAAGCCCUUCAGCAUGCGCGAGUUCACCGAGCGCGUGGGCCACGACCUGCAGGAGAUGAUGCUCUACUGCCGCUUCCAGGGCCAGGAGUGCAGCCACCGCGACUUCAGCACCGUGUUCACCCGCUAUGGGAAGUGCUACAUGUUCAACGGGCCCGAGGAGGGCAAGAGCCUGCGCACCACCAUGAAGGGCGGCACGGGCAACGGCCUGGAGAUCAUGCUGGACAUCCAGCAGGACGAGUACCUGCCCGUGUGGGGCGAAACAGAGGAGACGGCGUUCGAGGCUGGCAUCCGGGUGCAGAUCCACAGCCAGGCCGAGCCUCCCUUUGUGCACGAGCUGGGCUUCGGCGUGGCGCCCGGCUUCCAGACGUUCGUGGCCACCCAGGAGCAGAGGCUGACGUACCUGCCUCCUCCAUGGGGCGAGUGUGUGUCCCAGCCCCACGACUCGGGCUUCUUCCAGGUGUACAGCGUGACGGCCUGCCGCAUCGAGUGCGAGACGCGCUACAUCGUGGAGAACUGCAACUGCAGGAUGGUGCACAUGCCCGGGGAUUCUCCGUACUGCACCCCCGAACAGUACAAGGACUGCGCUGAGCCUGCUCUAGCGGCCCUGUCAGCAGCAGAGAGCAGCAACUGCGUCUGCCGAACUCCCUGCAACAUGACCCGCUACAACAAGGAGCUCUCCAUGGUCAAGAUCCCCAGCAAGACCUCCGCCCGCUACCUGGAGAAGAAGUUCAACCGGUCGGAGAAGUACAUCACGGAUAAUAUCCUGGUGUUGGACGUGUUCUUCGAGGCUCUGAAUUACGAGACCAUCGAGCAGAAGAAAGCCUACGAGGUUGCAGGUUUACUGGGGGACAUUGGAGGUCAGAUGGGACUGUUUGUUGGUGCAAGCAUACUGACCAUCCUCGAGCUGUUCGAUUAUGCUUAUGAGGUGGUGAAGGAGAGGCUGCUGGACCUGCUCAGCCGGGAGAAGGAGGAGGAGAGUCACGGAGAAGAUGUGAGCACGUGUGACCCCGUGUUGAACCACUCGGAGACCAUCAGCCACUCAGUGAGCGUCCCCCUGCAGACCACACUGGGCACCCUGGAGGAGAUCGCCUGCUGAGCACACCCCCUCCUCCACUACAGCAGGUGGCGCCAGCGCACACGCCCAGACAUUCCCCAUCAUCCUCCUCCUGCUCCUCGUCCUCCUCCUUCUCCUCCUCCUCCUCCUCAGCGCUGAUAGGACUGAGUUUUCUGGGAGGGAGGGAGAGAGAGAGAGAGAGAGAGAGAGAGAGAGAGAGUGA